CGCCUCCCCCAGGCUCCCGCAACGCCGCCAGGGCCUCCGUCUUCCCCCUCUCCGCUCGCCCGCUCGGGCGAUCUUCCGACAUGACUCAGCGUUUCUCUCAGGCUGUCCUGCCGGGGACACCGGCUUCUUACCGGCUCCUCCCGCCGCGUCCACCCCCUCUCGCCACCCACCUCGCCACCCACGCCUACCCCUGGGCCCUGGGCCCUUCCCCUGCGCCGCCGCCACCGCGCCAGUCCGCUCGGGCGUCCCAGCUGCAGCCGCCUCCGCCCCGCGCGCUCCUCGCUGCCGCUCGAUCCGCCGACCACAGCACUGCCGCCAUGGAGGCCGCCGCCCCCCGCCGCCGCCACACCCACCAGCGCGGCCGCGCCCUGAUGCGGAUCCCCCACCUCAACAAGGACUUAGCUUUUACCCUGGAAGAGAGACAACAGUUGAAUAUUCAUGGAAUGUUGCCACCUUGCUUCAUCAGUCAGGAUAUCCAGGUCCUGAGAGUAAUUAAAAAUUUCGAACGUCUGAACUCUGACUUCGACAGGUAUCUUCUCUUAAUGGAUCUUCAAGAUAGAAAUGAAAAGCUCUUUUAUAAAGUGCUCAUGUCUGACAUUGAGAAAUUCAUGCCUAUUGUUUAUACUCCCACUGUGGGUCUGGCCUGCCAGCAAUAUAGUUUAGUUUUUCGGAAGCCAAGAGGUCUUUUUAUUAGUAUCCAUGAUAGAGGGCAUAUUGCUUCAAUUCUUAAUGUGUGGCCAGAAGAUGUCGUCAAGGCUAUUGUGGUGACUGAUGGAGAACGUAUUCUUGGCUUGGGAGACCUUGGCUGUAAUGGAAUGGGAAUCCCCGUGGGCAAAUUGGCUCUGUAUACAGCGUGUGGAGGGAUGAAUCCUCAAGAAUGUCUGCCUGUCACUCUGGACGUGGGAACAGAAAAUGAGGAGUUACUUAAAGAUCCGCUGUACAUCGGACUACGGCAGAGAAGGGUGAGAGGUCCCGAAUAUGAUGACUUUUUGGAUGAAUUCAUGGAGGCAGUUUCUUCCAAGUAUGGCAUGAAUUGCCUUAUCCAGUUUGAAGAUUUUGCCAAUAGAAAUGCAUUUCGUCUCCUGAGCAAGUAUCAAAAUCAAUAUUGCACAUUCAAUGAUGAUAUUCAAGGAACAGCAUCUGUUGCAGUCGCAGGUGUCCUUGCAGCUCUUCGCAUAACCAAGAACAAACUGUCUGAUCAAACGGUACUAUUCCAAGGAGCUGGAGAGGCUGCCUUAGGGAUUGCAAACCUGCUUGUUAUGGCCAUGGAAAAAGAAGGUUUACCAAAGGAGAAAGCCAUAAAGAAGAUAUGGAUGGUUGACUCAAAAGGAUUGAUAGUUAAGGGACGUGCUGCCUUAACAAAAGAGAAAGAGGAAUUUGCUCAUGAACAUGAAGAAAUGAAUAACCUAGAAGACAUUGUUCGAGAAAUAAAACCAACUGCUCUCAUAGGAGUCGCUGCAAUUGCUGGCGCAUUCUCAGAACAAAUUCUCAAAGACAUGGCUGCCUUCAAUGAACGGCCUAUUAUUUUUGCUUUGAGUAAUCCAACCAGCAAAGCAGAGUGUACUGCAGAGCAGUGCUAUAAAGUGACUAAGGGACGUGCAGUGUUCGCCAGUGGCAGUCCUUUUGAUCCAGUCACGCUGCCAGAUGGACGGACCCUGUAUCCCGGCCAAGGCAACAAUUCCUACGUGUUUCCUGGAGUUGCUCUUGGUGUUGUGGCAUGUGGACUGAGACACAUCACGGAUAAGAUUUUUCUCACCACUGCAGAGGUUAUAGCUCAGCAGGUGUCCGAUAAACACUUGGAAGAGGGCCGGCUUUAUCCUCCUUUGAACACCAUUAGAGAUAUUUCUCUGAAAAUUGCAGAAAAGAUUGUGAAAGUUGCAUACCAAGAAAAGACAGCCACCAUUUAUCCUGAGCCCCCAGACAAGGAGGCCUUCGUCCGCUCUCAGAUGUACAGCGCUGAUUAUGACCAGAUUCUACCUGAUUGUUAUUCUUGGCCCGAAGAGGCCCAGCAAAUACAGACCAAACUUGAACAGUAGCCUAGCAGUUGACAUUUCUAACUCCAUUAAUGAGAUCUUGAAGUCUUUCAUAAUUUUUAAAGAUUGGAAUCUUUUAUAAUGAUUUAUAUAUGAUAGGUUAAGAUAAUUUUACUUUAGCAAUCUAAAAAUUCAUGGAAAAAUAUUAACAUACUUUAUGAUAAAUGUUACUUAGUUUAUUUACUCUCUGGUUAUUUAUGAUUUCUAUCUUAUUUUACCUAAGUUCUCUUUAAAAGCUGUUGUACCUACCACUGAGAAACUCAGUUGUUUUUAGAUAGGAAACUAAUGGGAAGACCAAAAUUAGUAAUUAAUUGAUGUGAUUAAAAUGAAAACCAUAUUUUUUUGUUGACCAUUUUGUUAAAAAUCUUUGUACACACACACACAUAAAUACAGAAAUAUAUUUAGACAUAGAUGAACUUUUGCUAAAAGCAGAAACAACACUUUGUUGCCUAGAGAAAUACAACCUCUCAGGUAUUUUAUUCCAACUCUAGACUAUAUUCCUUCUUUUGGUGAACUGAAUUCUAACAUUUCUAAGAGAGAUCAUUGCUGUUUACAAUGUCUUGGGCAGCCUUAGAUUUUACUAUUCUUUCCCCAUUGCUGCAUCUUGCUCUCACCGUGACCUCCAUCGGAUAUCCCUUCUAACAGCACCUUUCUCCCCCUGACUGGGUGCUCUGCCCUUCUGCUCCCCUCUGCCGCUGCCUGGCUUGUGAGGACUGUGGCUCCUGUCCUGAGGUAGGUCCCUUCAGUUCAGCACAGCCUGCUAGGUGGGAAGAGCCGAGAAAAGAGUAGGUAAGUUCCUUGAGAAAGGGCUGUCUGUGCAGUUGACCUUUUAAGACAAAAGUGUCCAGAGUUAGGAGCAAGGGCAUGGUUCCCGGACAAGCUGGGUUCCAAAUUGAGUGAUCUGAUCUAAUGUCCUCUUGAUUUGCUCAGUAAUUAAGAGCUCAUUGUGUUGUUACAAUAAACACAGUUUCCUCUGAACUUGGAGAAAAUUUGGUAACCACUUCCCUAAUACCAGAAAUUAUCUUUACAUUAGAUAUUAAAAUGUUCUAAUUACCUUUAAUAGUUAUUGCCAAAAAAUUCAUGUUAGUUUUGAGGUUUACUUUAGAAAUUAAUCACUGAACCAAUGGAUAUAAUUUUAAAUUUGUAAGCUCAGGUACAAUAACAUUUGCUACUUAUUUCCAGGAGAAUUUCCUGGAGAAUUUGCUGGUUUUGAAGUAAUGCUUUUAAAGAUUACAAAGAGAUGUUCAAGGUAAACUGUACUAUAAAAAUGAUUUUAUUGGAAGUUGCAGGUUACACAAAUUGUUUUAAAUGUGAGUAGAAGGGGUGGGGGUAUUUCUGAAGGUAACAUUUAGUCAAGAAUUUCCUCAAAAUAGUUAUUUUGAAAAGAUCCAGAACACCUAUUUUUUGUCUGUUUCCAUGUUGUCUUGUAGCUCUAACUCAAUGUACUUAACCUAUGCAAAAGAUUUAUUAAAGCAUAGAAAAAGUGAAUGAAUAAAAUCAUAAAAUAAUUGUUUUUCUCUUAAA